CACGAGCCCUGAAUACAUUGCACAGAGCCCGACCCCCUGUGUGGGAGAAGGAACGCAUCGUCUCCUUCGGCCGAACGUUUCCUCCCACCAGCCUCUCUGUCUCUCUCUCUCUAGCUAUUGGGAGGAGAAGAAGGGAGAGCUUGGAGAGCAUCGCGGCGGGUUUGUCUCCCCAGAAAUCUCGGCGAAAUGCUAAUGGACAAAGAAAGACACGGAUCGAGAAAGAUAUAGUAGGGUAAAGGGGAGCUGCUAGAUUGCUAGAGAGGUCCGCAAAAUCGCAUAUGGAUCCUUUGCUUUGACUCGUGCGUGCCGACUGCUCUCCCUCUUGCCUCUGUUUUCUUUCUCUUAUAACAUAAAUUUCCUUCUCUUUGGCUUUUGAUAUCUUCUUUAUGGGUGACGACUCCUCUCGAUGACCCACGACCCGGUCUCCACCGACCCCGCUCCAUUCUCGACUAAUUCUCCCCUCUUAUCUACCACGUUUCGUCACCCUUCCCCCUGCUUCCCCUGUUCCUUGACUCGCCGGCCUCGGCCCCACGAAUCCAAUCCUAUGGAGGCAGUUCGAUCCAUUUGUGUCUGUUAACUUUACGGCAUCGAAGUCCUCCCCCGGGUUUAUUGGUUGUUUGUGUGCGUUUUCUGGAUCAAAAUCGCAUCUUUUAAUGCUUCUCGCCAUCCCAAAAGUGUCUCCUUUCUCUGGGAAUGUCCGUCAAUUUUUUUUUUUUUGAUUCCGAGGCGUUCGCAGAUCCCGAUUUGUUACUCACGAAACCCUGUAUCCAGUCUCUCGUUGAUUCAGUGAAAAAGAAGUGGGCUUGAAUUUCCCCUGUUUUGGUCCGGGGAUGGGUUGCACGAGCUCGAAGCAGGUCCGCCGGGACCGGCGACGGAGCCCGUCUCCGUAUGGCCGGAGCUACUCCGGCCCCCUCCGCCCCGUCUCCGUCCUCGCCGGCCGAAGGAAGGACGACGCUACCCACGUGGUCACCCUCGCGUCGUCCACACUCGGCACGAUCAAGCUUGACAGCGGCCCGAGCCCCGAAGACCAAGCCGGCUCCGAUGAGGAGAUGAUGAAGAGCUCCAACGACCGCGACCGCCUCGCCGACGAGCUUCGCAAGGCUAAGGCCUGGUCGGAGAUGAUCGAGCGCCGGAUACCAAAGACCCCCUCCAGGACCCCACCCAAUGAACCGGAGACCAUCAACGCAUGGGAGCUCAUGGAGGGCCUCGAAGAUACCAGUCCCCUCCGCCCCGCCUACGCCGCCGCCGCCGGCGUCGACCGCUCCUUCUCCUUCCACAUCACCCGCGACGCCCUUCCGGCGCCGGAUUCUCUUUCCAGAUCCAAAUUGGCUAACGGAUCCUUCUCCCCAAAGCCCGACUGGAUGCAGCUCAGCCCUGGCGAUUCUAUCGUCUCCGACUUCGACCCCGAGGUCCUUUCCACCUUCCGGAAGGCCCUCGAGGAGCUCUCUCCGCCGCACCCAGCCCUCUACCGGCCUAAUGAGCCACCAGAGAAGAUGACAGGGGGGGGAUAUUCCGGCGAUAUACCAAAUUUCCAAGGAAUUGUUCGAGCUCGGAUCGAUGCAUUCCAAGAGAAGAUCGAUGAGAAGAGAGCUAGUUUCAACUCCAACGCCGCAAAGGUGGCGCCUUUGGAUAAAUGCCUGCCGGGCGGUGAGGGGAAGGUGGUGUUCUACUUCACAAGCCUCCGAGGAAUCCGAAAGACUUAUGAGGAUUGUUGGGCAGUGAAGGUAAUACUACAAGGAUAUGGCGUUCGCAUCGAUGAGAGGGAUGUAUCAAUGCAUGGGGGAUUCAAAGAGGAGCUGAAUGAGCUACUCGGCACCGGGUAUGGCUGUUGGAGGUUGCCGAGAGUCUUUGCUGAUGGGAAGCAUUUGGGAGGGGCUGACGAGGUGCGGCAAAUGCACGAGACCGGAGAAUUGGGGACAGCAUUGGAGGGCUGCGAGAUGGUGGCGGUUUGGAAAGGCGGCGGCGUGUUGGAUGUAUGCGAAGGGUGCGGCGAUGUGAGGUUCAUUCCAUGCACGACUUGCUCGGGGAGCUGCAAAGUGUACGUGGAGGAGGAAGAGGAGGAACGUGAGGAGGGGGAUGAGGAGGUCCGGGGGUUCCGGCGAUGCAUGGAUUGCAAUGAGAAUGGGCUCGUCCGGUGCCCGCUAUGCUGUUGAGAUCUAGUAGGCUUAAUUUGGGGUGUUGCAGAGUGUUUUAGUGAAGUAUUUGAUGGAUUGUUAUAAUAUGUACAGAGAGGAGAUCAGAACUGCAAAGCUAAGAGAUAGCUUUGGAGAACAUACAGUUAAAGAGUUUUGAAAGGGAUCUUAGAGAGACAACUUCUUCUGUCUUUCAUCGCUCUAUUUUUUUUCUUCUGUUUUACUUUGUUUAUUUUUUAAUGGGGUCUUUGAGUGGAGAAGACAGAGAAUUGAAGUUCAUUGAUGUGUAAUAAAAGAAAAUUGAAGCAAUACAAGAUGGAUUUUGGUUA